AUGGAGGGGCUGCCGGCGCAGGUGGAGGUUCCAUCGUACUUCCUGUGCCCGAUCUCCAUGGAGAUCAUGCGGGACCCUGUGACGCUCUCGUCCGGGAUCACCUACGACCGGGAAAGCAUCGAGCGCUGGGUGUUCACCGACGGCCACGGUGAGUGCCCGAUGACCAAGCAGCAGCUCGGUGCCGCCGACCGGGAGCCCACGCCCAACCACACGCUCCGCCGGCUCAUCCAGGGCUGGUGCGCGGUGCACGCGGUCGAGAGGUUCCCCACCCCGCGCGCUCCCAUCGAUGCCGCGCGCGUGGAAACCAUCGUGGACGCGGCCAGGCGGGGGCAGGACCUGCUGGUGGCGUCCCUGAAGGAGCUCGCGGACAUCGUCGCCGAGAGCGAUUGCAACCGGCGCUGCGUCGAGAGCACACCGGGCGCCGUGGCGUUCCUCGUGUCCGUCGUCAAGAAGCACGCCGCAGACGAGACCCCCAAGCCUUUAGAAUCCCAGGAGGAUCAUAUGUUCGGCACCCUGGUCGGGUCGCCAAAGGCGAGCUCGCCGGAGGACGUAGCUUUAAGCAUUCUAUAUUCACUUAGACUCUCCGAGGGAAGCUGGAAGAGAGUCUUGGAACGCGGCGACAAUUUCUUGGAUACCAUGGCGUCCGUGCUGAGGCGGCCAAGCUACCUCUCACGCACGCACGGCAUCCAGCUUCUCAAGGCGGCGGUUUCGGAGAUGCCGCCAUCGCAGCUGACCUCGGCAAGCGCCGAGCUGGUGGAGGGAGUGGUGUCGGUGGUGACAGACAAGCUUUCCGGGAAGGCAGUCAAGAUCGCACUCCAGGUGCUCUGCCGGCUCUGCCUCUGGGGCCGGAACCGCGUCAAGGCCGUCGAGGCCGGCGCCGUCGGGGCACUCGUGGAGUUGCUCCUCGAUGAGUGCUGUGGAGGAAGCAAGCGGGCGUCCGAGCUCGCGAUCGUGGUAAUGGACCAUCUCUGUGGCUGCGCUGAAGGGCGUUUGGAGCUUGUGGCGCACCCGGCAGGUCUGGCGGUUAUGGCGAGGGCUGUGACACGAGUGUCCGCCGCGGGGACGGAGAGCGCGGUGCGCGCCCUGCACGCGGUGGCGAGGCACUCGGCGACCCCAGCAGUGUUGCAGGAGAUGCUGGCGGUCGGGGUGGUGGGGAGGCUGCUGUUCCUGGUGCAGACCGGCGCCGCCGGCGAUCGGCCGAGGGAAAGGUCGAGGGAGAUGCUCAAGAUGCACGCCAGGGUGUGGAGAGGCUCGCCGUGCUUCACGCCAGAACUGAAUGCAUCCUACCCUUCUUGA